AUGUCUGCAGACUAUCCCAAUGCAGGUUACUGGAGAUUCACCGCACAGGAAAUAUUGCCAAGUGUUACGCGGGACACCAGAGGGCCUGACGAGGUAGGUUUUCGUGGUACCGUAGAGAGGACCUGCAUCAAAGCCCGGGCCACCAAGAAGUGGGAACCAGGGAGUUGCAGCGCCAAGAACGUCAAGGGGUCUGCCAGAAUCAAACCGCCACGACUGACGAGAAACGUCCAACUUUGGCCAACUGUUUCGUACAACGUUUGUCCUAGCCCAAGGCUAUUGCAUUCCACCUAUGUUCCAUCUCGGAUCCAGCCAUGUGCUGACCUGAUUUUGGCGCCCUACGAACCCGACCUUGAGAGAACCGCAUACCGACGACGUACCGCCAAACAGCCCAACAAGCCAUCGGCCGCUGGUGAACUUACCCAUCCCGAAAUUCCUGCGCCGACGCCCGCGCACGAUUUCCAGUUUUCGGGGUCCUGCCUCAUGAGCCAAGGAUUUCUCGCGUCAGACCCUGCGGCGAGACUCUGCGGCGAGACCUUGCUCUGUCGACAACAGAUGUUGCCGUUUGCAUCCUCGGGGUCCAAGGUGACCCCUCGACAACAUAUGGCCAGCUACUCCAAUGGGUAUCCGCGGGCGACUACCUUCGAGCUUUCGCCUCAUAGCGAACUUGAGACGGUCCGCUACUAUGAUCUGAACGAUGUCCAAGGCACUGCCCGAGGUUGGGAACGCGAGGAGCGCAUCCUGGUGUGUGUUCCGCUACGGGAUGCCGAGCAACAUCUACCCAUGUUUUUCUCCCACUUGCGCAACUUUACAUACCCCCAUCGAUUGAUCGAUCUAGCGUUCCUGGUGUCCGACUCGAAGGACCGUACCCUUGAGGUGCUGACACACUAUAUGAGUGAGAUCCAGGAGAGUGGGGACCCGAAUAUGAUGUUUGGGGAGGUCAGCAUCAUCGAAAAGGACUUUGGCCAGGUUGUCAAUCAGGAUGUAGAAAGUCGCCAUGGUUUCGCUGCUCAGGCCCCGCGACGCAAGCUCAUGGCGCGCGCGCGCAACUGGCUUCUGAGCGCGGCCCUACGGCCCUAUCACUCCUGGGUUUAUUGGCGCGACGUCGAUGUUGAGACGGCGCCAUAUACAAUUCUGGAGGACUUGAUGCGUCAUAACAAGGACGUCAUCGUUCCGAACGUCUGGCGCCCACUGCCCGAUUGGCUUGGCGGCGAACAACCCUACGAUCUCAAUUCGUGGCAAGAGUCAGACACGGCAUUGGCUCUGGCCGACACUCUUGACGAGGACGCUGUCAUUGUUGAGGGGUAUGCCGAGUACGCUACUUGGCGCCCGCACCUAGCAUACCUGCGCGAUCCCUAUGGCGACCCUGAUAUGGAAAUGGAAAUCGACGGCGUUGGCGGCGUGAGUAUCCUGGCGAAGGCUAGAGUCUUCCGCUACGGUGUCCAUUUCCCGGCCUUCAGCUUUGAGAAGCACGCUGAAACUGAAGGGUUUGGCAAGCAGAUGGCAAAGAAGAUGAAGUUCUCGGUCGUCGGCUUGCCGCACUACACUAUCUGGCACUUGUAUGAACCUAGUGUUGAGGAUCUCAAGCAUAUGGAGCAAAUGGAACGUGAGCGCCUUGCACGAGAAAAGGAGGAGAAAGAAAAAGCUGAGAAGGCCCAGAAGCUGAAGGAGUCAUUUGGUGAUGCCACAAGCCAGUGGGAGGAGGACAAGUCCAAGCUCCAACAAGUUGCCAUAGCCGAAAGCCAGAAAAAGCAGGAGGAUGCGCAAAAAGCGGCCGCUGCCGGCAGCAAGACGGGAGAAAAGGCCGAGGCAAGGUGA